AUGGGGAAAGGAGGUGGUUGUAGCUGCUGGUGCAAACUGAGCAAAUCCCUUGUGGUGUGCGAUGUGGCUGAAGACCUCUUGGAGAAGCUGAGGAAAUUCCACUUCCACAAAGAAACCAACAAUGCGGCCAUUAUCAUGAAAAUCGACAAGGACAAGCAGCUGGUGGUUCUGGAUGAAGAACACGAGGGCUUUUCCCCGGACGAACUCAAAGACGAGCUUCCAGAGAGGCAGCCUCGAUUCAUUGUCUAUAGCUACAAGUACCAGCAUGACGAUGGGAGAGUCUCUUACCCACUCUGCUUCAUCUUCUCAAGCCCAGUUGGGUGCAAGCCUGAGCAGCAGAUGAUGUAUGCCGGUAGCAAAAAUAAGCUUGUACAGACUGCAGAACUCACAAAGGUAUUUGAAAUCAGGAAUACAGAAGACCUCACCGAGGAAUGGCUCCAGGAGAAGCUGGGCUUCUUCCACUGAACUGGACCCGAAGCUUCCCGUCCUGCGCAAACUGGAACCCGACGUGAUGACACCUCCUUUAUUUUUUUGAGACCUGCGCAAAGAAGGCACUGUACUUAACAAUGGCUUCCUGCAGUGUGUGUAUAUGCAUGUACAUAAAUAUGUAUAUAUUU